GGACUGGCAGAGCACUUGAGCAGGAGCGGCGCAAAGUUCUACGGCGCGUACUGGUGCGGCUUCUGCCUCAAACAGCGCGCGAUGUUUGGCGCCGGAGGCUCACGGCGGCUGCCCUAUGUCGAGUGCGCAGAGGGCGGCUACCAGGCGGACGCAGCGCUCUGCGAGGCGAGGCGCGUUACGGGCUACCCCAGCUGGGAGAUUGGUGGCAAGCUGUACAGCGGCAUGAAGUCGCUCCCCGAGCUGCAGCGCCUCAGCGGCUUC